CAAAGGUAGGCCAUGAAUACUAACGAGGCAGGGAUGAUGGCUGCGGAAUACAAAGGGAGCGCCUGUUCUCACUGUCUGAACACGGGAGUCAGAAAUAAAACAGCCACACAUGUGCAGAUAACACGACGAUAUAGUGUCAAGUUCUACGUGGAUUGUGAAGCUGUGAAAAGAAACAAGGGGGUACCGUCUUCACACCGGGCUCCACCGCCAUGCGUCUGUUCAUCACCUCCACCUCCAUCGGCGGCCCGGUGGAGCUCCUCGUCCCCAAAGGAGAGACGCUGGAGGGCUUGAGGACGCGCCUCUCUCGUCAACUUCAAAUGCAAACAGACAAAAUCGCCCUGCUGCAUGAAGACAAGCAGCUGACUGCGGGGAGUCUAAUGGCGCAAGGUGUUGCAGAUGGCAGCAGACUCACCCUACAGGUGCCCGGAGUUGUUGAAGGCGGGUUAUUCUGUUCGCGUGCAAGAGCUGCGAGGAUGGUGGAGGUUUUGGAGAGUUUAACAGAAUGCCAGAUCACUGACUUCCUUUCCGGCCGUUCACCUCUGACCCUUAAACUGGCAAUGGGUGCCAAUGCAAUGUUUUUGCAGCUGCAGCUGUCCGCUCAAGACGUGGCUAAACUGCAGCUGAGGGAGCCCUCAGAAGCUCCAAACAGACCUGAGACCUGCUCCCGCACUGACACAAGUAGCACUUGUCCAGCUGCAUACUGCAUGCAGAGUCAACCCCAGACUGUUGCCUCUGCUGUAACGUGCAAUCGUCGACCAUCUUCCCAUCAUCCUCGUCCACACACCAUCGUAUCAACGCCUCCCACGUGUCCGCUACCAGCGAGCACACCCGUCUCUUUUACUAACCCCUCCAGUGCUGCUCCUCAGAGUCCUUUACCCGCGUCCACCUUCACUGAGAGCGCUCACUCCUCCUCUGGUCAACCCAUCAAGCAAGCAGGCGCAGUCAUAGAAAGUUUUGUUGGUCACUCUCAAGGAGUUUUUUCCGGAACUUUCUCUGGUUUGCUGGCGCCGUGCAGCCGAAGCGGCUUGAGCCAUCCUCGACGAGGAAUUGCCAUUAUUAUGCAAAUUCUUGACGACCUCUUCAGAGCUGCUUCACGAUACCAGACGGCCCAGGAAAAUCCCUUUUGUCAUGCUUCUGACCCCCCUCUGCACGACCACAAAGACAAGGCCAAGAACCUCGCUGAAACUACAGAUGAGGAGACUCACAGGUUCCUUGCAACGUCAGAAGAGAAUCAGACAAUGCACUGCAAGCUAAAGCGCUUGCAGUUUUUAAUGGACCAGCAGCGACAUCACAAGCGAACUCGAAGGAGCUCAAAGUUGUCACAAACAUCUCACCCGUAUCGUCAUCGCCAUCAUCGUUAAUGUUUUGCAAGGAAAGCCAAUUGUGUGUUCGUCCAACUGUUUAUUAUAAAACAAAAACAA